UGUUUGGGUACAGGGCAGAGAGACGCGAAAAUGGGCUGCAGGUUAAGCCCAUCAGAUGGCCUACAGCGAUUGGUGAGUGGGAAAUGUUAGUGAAUAGGGAUUGGAGCAAAAUGCAAAUCAUUGCACCGUCCCGACAGAGGACGGGGGAUCAUUCCGUGGACCAGGUGGAUAUGAACUAGCCCACACAUUCAGCUUGAGAAACGUCCUCAUCUACCACUCAGUUUACUCGUGUGUGACACGUUUUUUUAUUUUAUUUUAUUGUGUAUUUAGCCUUCUGCUGGACUUGUUAUUUUAACGUAAAAAAUGCCUGGCAACGGGACCUUCUUGGUGCUGGAAAACUACUUCGGGGGUAAAUUUGUGCCCUGCUCUGCUCACAUCGAUUCGUACGACCCGUCCACCGGAGAGGUUUACUGCAAAGUUCCGAACAGCGGAGGUGAGGAGGUGGAUGCUGCGGUGAAGGCAGCCAAAGAGGCCUUCCCUGAUUGGUCCGCCAGGAGUCCGGCUGAAAGGGCCCAUGUGAUGAACAAGCUGGCCGAUCUGAUGGAGGCCCGCCUGGAGGAGUUCGCCCAGGCCGAGUCCAAAGACCAGGGGAAGACGAUAACGUUCGCCAGCACGGUGGACAUCCCCCGGUCGGUGCACAACUUCCGCUUCUUCGCCUCAUCUGUGCUUCAUCACACAACCGACUGCAGUCAGAUGGACCACAUGGGCUGCCUCAACUACACCAUCCGCAGCCCAGUGGGAGUGGCGGGUCUCAUCAGUCCCUGGAAUCUGCCCUUGUACCUGCUCACCUGGAAGAUCGCUCCAGCCAUCGCCGCGGGCAACACUGUGGUGGCCAAGCCCAGCGAGAUGACCUCCGUCACCGCCUGGAUGAUGUGCAAACUAAUGAACGAGGCUGGCGUGCCCCCUGGUGUGGUAAACGUGGUGUUCGGCACAGGCCCAGGCGCGGGCGACGCUCUGGUCGGCCACCCUGACGUGCCGCUGGUGUCGUUCACGGGGAGCACGGUGACGGCGCGCGUCAUCACCGAGCGUAGCGCCCCCUACUGCAAGAGGCUGUCGCUGGAGCUCGGGGGGAAGAACCCCGCCAUCGUGUUCGCCGACGCCGACAUGGAGCAGUGCGUCUCCACCACCGUGCGCUCCAGCUUCUCCAACCAGGGAGAGAUCUGUCUGUGUACCAGCAGGAUAUUUGUGGAGAGAAGUGUCUUCCCAGAAUUCCUGGAGAAGUUUGUGGCAGCUGCUCGGAAGUGGAAGACUGGUGUUCCCUCGGAUGUCUCCAACAACAACGGGGCACUGAUUAGCAAGGAACACCUGGAGAAGGUGCGAGGCUUUGUGACGUUGGCCCGUAGUGAGGGCGCCCAGGUGCAUUGUGGGGAGGGCGUUGACCAGCUGCUUCUCCCAGAGCGUAACCAGAGCGGCUACUUCAUGGCCCCCACCGUCAUCAGCGGGGUCGCCGACUCCUCGCGCGUCAUGCAGGAGGAGAUCUUUGGGCCCGUCACUUGUGUGACGCCCUUUGACCUGGAAGAGGAAGUGAUCUUGCGGGCCAACGACGUGCGCUUCGGCCUGGCGGCCACGGUGUGGUCCCGGGACGUGGGGCGCGUGCACCGCGUUGCCCGGCGACUGCAGGCGGGCCUGGUGUGGACCAACUGUUGGCUGGUGCGGGACCUGAACCUUCCAUUCGGAGGGAUGAAGCAUUCCGGAGUGGGCCGAGAGGGUGGGAAGGACUCCUACCACUUCUUUACCGAGGUCAAGACCGUCACCAUUAAACAAUGAGCUCAACACACACUAAAACACACACACACACACACACACCACACACACACACACACACACACCACACACACACACACACACACACACACACACACACACACACACACACUUCUUUACCGAGGUCAAGACCGUCACCAUUAAACAAUGAGCUCAACACACACUAAAACACACACACACACACACACACACACACUUCUUUACCGAGGUCAAGACCGUCACCAUUAAACAAUAAGCUCAGCACACACUAAAACACACACACACACACCACACACACACACACACACAGUCAACACCCGAGGGAAGGGAAGGCCAUGAUUAAGUGGCAUGUGGCUUAAGUAACCUUCUGCUCAGAGACAAGCUUACAGGUAUGAGGUAAUACUCACAAACUGUGUCAAUGUACUUAGUUUAGCAGGUACUAUUUACCUUAGUAGAUAUAAUUUUAGUAUAGUUUAAAUAUUUUGUAGGGAUUAUAGAGAUUUUUAGUGUAGUUUGGACUAAUAAUACUAUCUUUUGCUAGUGUCAAAUGAGCCAUUAUUAUGAAAAUAUAUUAGCAGUGUAGUUAACACCAGAGCCUCUAAUUCUGUGUGUGUAUGUGUGUGUGUUUUGCUCGAUGGUGUUUUAAGCCCCCGUGUUGCGACCGUCGACCUCAAGGCACCUAACCCUAACCUUAACCCGUGUCUAACCCUAGUGCCUUCCAUGCAGCGCUGCCUGAAAUAUGACUUUGGGGGCAUAAAACACCAAGUAACAUGAUGCUGUAUCACCUCAAGCAAAGGACAGAACACUUGAGCUUGCAGUUUACUGUGUAGGCCUACAUUAGCAAUGCAGUUUACUGUGUACGUUAGCGAUGCAGUUUACUGUGUACAUUAGUGAUAUGCAGCAAACAACUGAAGCUUAUGACUUUUCUGGGGCCACACAAACCGUUCACUUCAUGCCCAUGUGCCUUUCCUAGUCAGUGCCUGACCUGGACGUGAUGAUAUCUGAAAAUUGCUGUCAAUCCUGUUUUGAGAUGACAUUGGCGCUUAUAUAACUGACUUUCUCUUAAUUCGUUGUUAAUGCCAUUUAUUAGUGAUUUACAAAGUGUCUUAGAGUGUCUUCCCUUUAUGAAAUGUAAGUUUUUUGUGUCCAGAAUAAACGUCAUUCUCACAUCAUCAA